CAGCAAGCAACUGGACAGAGUGCGUUAUCUGCUACCUGCAGAACCUUGAACGUUACUCUUCUUGGUGAUGAGUGGGGUUCAUCUGCUGGUGGGUUGUCAACCAUAAACAGAGAGGUUGCUAUUCACCUUUCAGAGCAGCCAGGAGUAAUUGUAUCUCUAUUAUGUCCAGAAAAAGCUUGCAGCAGUGAAGAAAUAAGAGAAGCUGAUGGCUAUGGAAUCACCAUUGUUGAGGCAAAAAAGCGUCCAGCAUAUGAUCGUCUUGAUUGGUUGAGCAUCCCACCCCAGGGCCACUUCAUGGACAUUGUUGUUGGCCAUGGUGUAAAACUUGGUCGGCAGGUACAAUUCAUUAGAGACUCUGCUCAAUUUCCAAAUUGUAAGUGGGUACAAGUGGUGCAUACUGCUCCAGAGGACCUUAGCAGAUACAAAUGCUACAGUGACCCCAUUUCAAAAGGAGAAACAAAACACGAAUCAGAAGUUGAACUUUGCAAACUUGCUGAUCUUGUCGUGCCUGUGGGACCCAGACUUAACGAAGCCUACACUUCAUAUUUACAGCGAUGUAAGACUUAUCAAGAAGUUUUACCAAUUACUCCAGGCCUUUUUCAAAGGGAGUUUGGGGAUUUAAUGCAAACCCAUAAUGAGCAUGCUGAGUUUAAAGUACUGUUAUUUGGUCGUGGGGAUGAUGAGGACUUUGAACUCAAGGGAUACAACAUUGCUGCUCAAGCAUUCACUGAUCAGCGGUUAAAAAACAAACCUUACCAUCUAAUUUUUGUCGGAGCACCUGAAGGAAAGCAAGAAGAAGUUAGAGAAAAACUUCUACAGCGUGGUAUUGCAGAAGCACAGUUGACUGUUAGAAAAUUUAUACAAAGUAGAGACAGACUGAAAGAUUUGUUGUGCGAAGCUGACCUUGCCAUCAUGCCAUCAAAAUCAGAGGGAUUUGGCCUUGUUGCACUUGAAGCUUUGUCUGCAGGUUUACCCAUUCUUGUGGCUAGUAAGUCAGGAUUUGCCAAAGCAUUAGAAAAUGUUCCUCAUGGUCAUACAUGCAUCGUUUAUUCAGAUGAUCCUGCAAAAUGGGCAAAAGCUAUAGAAGCUGUUCGUAUCAGGCAUCGAAUGAGGCUUCAGGAGAUAAAAUCACUGAAAGCAUGUUAUGGGGAGAUCUACAGGUGGAAGGAGCAAUGUGAGACCCUUGUGGAGAGAAUGUGGGAAAUGGUCAAUGGUACGAAUUUAACGAACAGUUAAAAGAUAACACGUAGAAUUAAGUUGAUUAAUUAUAUAUGUUUUAUUAUCCGAGUGAUUCACUGAAAGAGAACCAAGGAGGGAAUAAUAAUUGUCUGUCAAUGUACUAUUCUCCGGGUGUUAGUUGGCAAUAGUCGCGUUAGUUUUAACCUCUGAUCAAUGAAAAUACUUUUUACGCCUUAACAUAUAGCCCUUUAAGGUUUGCUCAGUUGGCGCGUUCCCCUGGGUUGUACCACUGCCUAAGCCAUAACUGUUCAUCGAAGACCGUGAAUGGCCAUACAAUACACCUUGUCUACUUAGGCAUUUUAUUGGAAAUGAAAGAUUUGUCUUUUUCCCUUUAACAAGUUUACAUGAAUAUAAUUGUGACCUACCCUUGCUUUCACAGGGCCUUCUACUGAAAUGGCCAAUAAACCAACGAACUCCAUAGAAACAAGAAGCUCGGAAAAGAAAGCUACUUCUGCAGCAGGAGAUCAAACUGAAAAAUCUUCUAAUAAUGAGUCGCAAAUUAUCCGUAAGCGUAAAAUCUCGGGAUCUUCGAGUAAUCCAGGUACGAACCAAAGCAUGCAAUGAUUCUUCACCACUCAAAAGCGCUUUUUCCUUUAGUACUUGUUACCUUUCACACUGAAGAGGUGUAAUUCUUUACUCACUGUAACUGAUAACUCAGAUUUAAUAACAGAUUUGACUUUGUGCUGGCGAAUUCUACAAAUCUGGGGAGCAGAUUUUGCACACUCAAACUAUGUAUACUAAAAUCAGGGACAUUUUCUUUGUUUUCAGACAUUAUUACAAAGCAUUGCUUUGUAGAACUGACUGAUGAACAGAGCAAAAUAGUCCAUGAAACUCUGGCACGACAAAUACAAGUGUACGUCCAGUAUCGCAACAUUUCAACUACAGAAGGAGUGUCUGGAUUAAUUGAACACAUAAAGAAGACGCACAACUUGGCCUUGGAAUCUGUGGGUCUAGGAUCUCUAGAAAUAACGUUUCGGUGCCCCGCCCUGGAGAGCCUUGAAAGUCUGUGGACGGACUUUCAGUCAGGCCACCUAAACAGCAUUGCUAAGAAGUAUCUUGUAACCGAGGAUAUGAAGAAGAGACUCAACUUGGAGAAUAUCAAGUUGAAGUCUACUAUCGAGGAACAAAACUACCGGAUUUGCAAGAAGAUUUUAACAGAAAACCUAUGUAACUCUGGUAAGCUCUCUGUAAGGAAUUGACUGGUGUUUACACUAAAACAACUCAAACCUGAAAUCGUACAUGAAAAUACUUAAAUCAAUAA